UAUAUUAAUUCUUUUUCAUGGCAAACAAAAGGACACAACCGUGGAGACAAAUCCUACUACUGACCCUUGUAACUUGUUGUUAUCCUUAGUGUCAUUACACUGUGCACGGUUCUGUCUCAAAACCCACGAAUUUGAAGCUUUGAGGAAGCAACAUGUGGUUUCUAAUCAUGUCUCGGUCCAAACUAGUCUAUGCUCUAAUCUUGGGGUUUGUGGCUUUGAAUUGCGUCCAAGUUUUUGAAUCCAAUGCUCAACUCAUACCGCAAGAUGAAGUGAAAACACUACAAGCAAUAUCGGAUAAACUGGAAAACUUGAAUUGGAAAGUCACAGAACGUUCCUGCAUAGAAGAUGGAGGCUUUAAUGGCAAGAUUAAUAUAAAUAAUGACACUGUGAGGAAUGUCACAUGCAAUUGCAAUUUCCAAAAUAGGACAGUUUGCCAUGUUGAUAACAUCUAUCUCAAGCGUCAAAAUAUAUCUGGAUUUUUCCCCAGUGAAUUUGGAAAUCUCACACAACUGAAAGUACUCGAUCUUACUCGCAACUAUCUCAGUGGCCCACUUCCAACGAGUUUUGGUCCCAAUUCACUGGUCAUUUUGUCCCUUUUGGGAAACCGACUAAGUGGUCAAAUUCCAGCAGAAAUUGGUAAUAUUGCUAGUCUAGAAGAGCUGGUCUUAGAAAGUAAUCAACUUGUAGGACCACUUCCUCCUAGUCUUGGAAAUUUGAGCAAGUUGAAGAGACUGUUUCUUUCUGCAAAUAAUUUUACAGGGACCAUACCAGAAACAUUUAGCAAACUAACGAAUCUCACUAAUUUUAGGAUAGAUGGAAACAGUUUGUCGGGACCAAUACCCAGUUUCAUUGGGAAAUGGACCAAACUUACAAGAUUGGAUAUGCAGGGAACAUCUAUGGAAGGCCCAAUUCCUACCACUAUAUCUCAAUUGACACUUUUGACUGACUUGAGAAUAACCGAUUUGAGUGGACCAACUAUGACAUUUCCAGAUCUGAAGAAUUUGAAACUCUUGCAACGACUGGAAUUGAGAAAUUGCUUAAUCACUGGUCCCAUUCCAGACGAAAUCGGUGAACUGACAAACUUGGCUACUUUAGACCUAAGCUUCAACAUGUUGACUGGUCCAAUUCCAGAUUCAAUACAGGGAUUGAACUACCUAUACUACUUGUUUCUGACAAAUAAUUCUCUGAGUGGACCAAUUCAGGACUGGAUACUGAGCUUCAAACAUAACAUAGAUUUAUCUUACAACAAUUUUACCAAGUCUACUGCAACUGGUUGUCAGCAGUUGGAUGUGAACCUGGCUUCAAGUCAUUCUUCUUCAGCGGUAACUUCGGCUUCAACUUUUUGUUUGAAGAGGGACCUUCCCUGUGCAGGAAAACCCCAGUAUAAGUCAUUGUUCAUAAAUUGUGGAGGAGAAGAGGGGGAAUUUGAAGGCAAUAACUAUGUAGGUGACCUCCAGCCAGAUGGCACUUCAAAUUUUGUUCUUAGAAAUGAUGGACAAUGGGCUUAUAGCAGCACAGGAGUAUAUUUGGGAAAUGCUAAUAGAGAUUAUAUAGCACAAAAUACGUUUUCUUUGAAUAUUAGUGGUCCAGAUUACUACCAAAAUGCUCGCCUUUCCCCUGUUUCACUUAACUACUAUGGUCUUUGUCUGCCAAAGGGCAAUUAUAAAGUGAAGCUCCAUUUUGCUGAGAUAAUGUUUUCUGAUGAUCAAACUUUUAACAGUCUAGGAAGGCGCAUAUUUGAUGUUUCAGUUCAAGGUAUUAGAUAUUUGAAAAAUUUUAACAUUGCGGAAGCGGCUGGUGGAGUUGGAAAGGGCAUCACUAAGGAAUAUGAUGUUGAUGUUGAUGAUGGCACCUUGGAAAUCCACUUAUACUGGGCAGGGAAAGGAACUGCUGCAAUUCCUGAUAGAGGUGUAUAUGGACCUCUUAUAUCUGCUAUUGAGAUGAUACCAAACUUUGAAGAUCCUUCAAAAGGGUUGUCUGCUGGUGCUAUUGUUGGAAUUGUUGCUGCAUCAUGUGGGUUUGUCAUAUUAAUACUAGUUGCACUUUGGAAGAUGGGUUUCAUUGGUAGGAAAGAUACAACAGAUAAAGAACUUCUAGAAAUGAAAACGGGUUAUUUCAGCUUAAGACAAAUUAAAGCAGCUACUAAUAACUUUGACCCUGCAAAUAAGAUAGGUGAAGGAGGAUUUGGUCCUGUAUACAAGGGUGUGCUGUCAGAUGGUGAUGUGAUUGCUGUUAAGCAGCUCUCAUCCAAAUCGAAGCAAGGGAACCGUGAAUUUGUAAAUGAAAUUGGAAUGAUAUCUGCUUUGCAGCAUCCAAAUCUGGUGAAGCUUUAUGGCUGUUGCAUUGAAGGAAACCAGUUGCUACUAAUAUAUGAAUACAUGGAGAAUAACAGUCUUGCUCGUGCACUUUUUGGUGAGCAAGAACAAAAGUUGCACUUGGACUGGCCCACAAGAAUGAGGAUUUGUGUGGGGAUAGCAAGAGGAUUGGCUUAUCUUCAUGAGGAAUCAAGGUUGAAAAUAGUACACAGGGACAUUAAGGCAACCAAUGUCUUACUAGACAAGGAUCUGAAUGCCAAGAUUUCUGACUUUGGUUUAGCUAAGCUUGAUGAAGAAGAGAAUACUCAUAUCAGUACAAGGAUAGCUGGAACAAUUGGUUACAUGGCUCCAGAAUAUGCUAUGCGGGGUUACUUGACUGAUAAAGCAGAUGUAUAUAGCUUUGGAGUUGUAGCUUUAGAGAUUGUCAGUGGAAAAAGCAACACAAAAUACAGGCCAAAGGAGGAGUUUGUAUAUCUUCUAGAUUGGGCCUAUGUUCUCCAAGAACAAGGAAACCUUCUGGAAUUGGUAGAUCCAAGUCUUGGUUCAAAGUACUCAGCAGAGGAGGCCAUGAGAAUGCUGAGCUUGGCACUCUUAUGCACCAAUCCAUCUCCCACUCUUAGACCAACCAUGUCAUCUGUAGUGAGCAUGCUUGAAGGAAAAACUCCGAUCCAAGCACCAAUAAUCAAGCGCAGUGAGAGCAACCAAGAUGCAAGAUUUAAAGCCUUUGAGUUGCUAGCACAAGACAGCCAAACUCUUGUUUCUUCUGCAUUCUCACAGGAAAGUGUGGAGCAAAGACACAAAUCAGAAGAUGGGCCAUGGGUUGACUCCUCCAUAUCUCUUCCAAGUGGAGAUGAUUAUUCUUCAACCAGUAAACUUCUUUAGGAUUAUGUGAUUUUGUUAAAAGAUUAGAGUGAAGAAGACUACACAUUCCUGUUUAUUUUUUAUGAAGAUAAACUAACAGCACAUAGUGAUAGCAUUCGCAAUAUAUUUACCUAAUAACAUACUAACAUGUUAUUUUCAACA